AUGGAUCAUUCCCUUCCCUCAUCCCAAAUAAACUCCAUACGGUUUGACAGUGCUUCAUUAGGAUCUAGGAGGCGUGCCGCCAGUGGUGGCUCGAUUCUAUCAAGCUGGUGGUCGAAGGUCCGAAAACGCACACGCUCAAGGGCGAGCAGCACACGCAGUGCUCCCAACGCCUCACCAUCGGCGCACUCAAUUCCUCGCGCUCUUGGUGCAACCUCCCCCAUAUCAUUCCACUCCCAUUCUAGUGACUCGUCGCAGGUGCCAGCCCCAAGACUGGCACUACUGUUUGAUGGCGCUUACAAUCCCCCUCCACGAUUUGAUCCAAGUGUGAUCCUUUUUGGCCCUGUCCCAUCAAUCCUCCCCGCGUUGAAAAGGCUCCAUAACUUUCCCACCAGCUCCUCAUGCGAGGUCGGGAACUUGCAUCCCUCGGGGAACACAGCAUCUCCUGCAAGAGUCCCUCCUAAUUUACGUUUUAUAUCUCUCUCCAAACCCUUGUUCUCCCCAUAUCCAGAGACCCAACUCGAUCUUAGUCACGCUCAGGUGGAGCGGUUCACUGUCAGGGAGGCACUGGGUUCCGGCCGAGGCUAUGCUCUUUUACAGCUUGCCGAGCCAGGUGGCUCGAUGUAUACGUUGCGUUUAGAACAUGGAAAGUUCGAGAAUGGCGAUGAGGGGGCUCCGAAUUCUGCAGAAACAGAUUGCUCGGACGAAUAUCUGAACAGCAUCACCGCCGCGGAUAUCGCUUUUGGGAAAGAACAGCCGUUUAUUGAUUUUCUUCACACGUUAGACGCACUUGUCCAGAAAUGGGAGUUCGGAAACAAGUGGGGAAAGCGACAUGGGACUAGCCUUUCAUUUGCUCUGUGGAUGGCAAAACAGCUGGCCGAGCACGAUUCUGAAUGGGGAGAAGAUCUUGCAUCGGCCUGGGUUCAGGAGAAUAGCCCAAUUAUUGCCCACCCUGUGGGUUCCAGUCACCAAGAUCAGUGCGACGAAGGGGGAGUUCCCGAUGAUGACGCCCAUGAAUCCCAAGAAGACCAGGUGACCUUCCCGGAAGAAGAGACCGAAGAAAUGGAGCCGGUGAUUCUAGAAACUCCUCAAAUGGUCCUGUCGGAUGGAGAGACGGCGUCGGAACAUUCCGCUCAUACUCCAUCAACACCUCUUGCUCCGCUGGACGACGAUAUUGCUCAUUACCUCAAAGCAUUAGUACUCUUUGAGGGAGGAACUCCUCCCGAUGUCGAAGUAAUUUCCUAA